AAAGAAUAGAGUAAGGACAGGUGAUGCGUAGCGCGAUGGAGCCUCCCUGCAUCAAUGACUCAUCUCUCUUCAGCGGCCCUCUCACCUGGCACAAUUUGCAGUCUGUCGUCCGCAGCUCCUUCCGCACUCUAUACGAUGGUACGUACGUAUGCCAGGCACCCAAAGGGCACCACAAAACACCAGUUCACAUCAACUGCAUGUCCGUGUCCCCUAUCUGUGUGGCUGCAGCCGUUAAGGCUCAGAACGAGGCUCUGCGAGCACUGGAGCGCAAGAUGGAGACCAAGGCCGACCAGAGCACCACCGAGGCGUCAGUCGCCUCACUGCAGACACAACUCAAGGGAACGGCCAGCAUCGAUUUGGUCCGCACCGUCGACGCAUUGGCGCAGCAGAUGGGCGAGAUGCGCGAGGCCAUCGACCACAAGACGGCCGUGGGGGACGUCAAUCGCUCGCUGGAUGAAGUUCUGGUCGAGGCCACCCGGCAGUGCGAGCGGCUCAUCACUGAGAGGACCGACGGCCUCACGAGCACCGUAGCCGCAUUGCAGGCGGCACAGCGGGACGACAGAGUCGCCAUCAACGCACUCGAGAGCCGAGUGGCGGCACUCGAGGGCCAGCUGAGAAGCACUGAUGGCGGUCAGCAGCCCACCCAGUCGUCCCCUCCCGCCCCCUCGUCUGUGCAGCGCGACGCCAUGAUGGCGUCUGUGCGUGACCUAAAGGAGCAGGUCACCUCGGUCGGCCUGGCACUCGACGGCAAGGCAUCCAUCGGGGACCUCCGCCGCGUGGCGUCAGCAGUGGACAGACGGGCCACGAGCGAAGAGGUGGCGACCCUGCGGCGGGCGGUGGAGAGUCGCGCAGCGGCCACCGACGUAGCUCAGCUGACCAAGCGAGUGGAAGGGCACAUGACGGAGAGCCAGGUGGACAGCAUGGUGAGUCAGAAGGUCAAGACUACCGUCGUCAAGCCCUUCAAGAGCCUGCAGGCCGUGCAGGAGGAGGUGCAGUCGCUCAGAGAGGGCGUGGCGGCGCACGAGCACAAGGUGGGUGGGCGGGUGGGGCGUGCAGAGGAGCGUGUGGACCGUCUGGAGCAGCAUGUGGCCACUGUGGCGCGGCAGCGUCGCGAGGAGAGGGAGAGGGCCGAUAGUGAGGUCAGGGAGCUGCGGGACGACGUGGUAGCGGUGGGAGAGGCGGUCAAGGGAGUCAAGGGGCGGGUGGGGGAGAUGGACACCGCAGUCCAGACACAGCGCACACACAUACAGGUAAGGUGCGCACACGGAUUGGCAGGCAGGCAGGGAGGGAGGGAGGGGAAGAAGAGGACAGGCGCUGAGACCGUUUCGCAUUGUCCUGUCCCUCGUGUGUGCGGAUGCAGCGUGUAUCCGAGUCGGUAUCCUUGCGUCUAGAUGACAUGGAGCGGUCCCUCUCCUCCAUCCCCUCUCUCGCACACUCAGCACAGUCCCUGCAGACGAACCUCGAGCAGCUCAGCCACACCGUCAGCAGCCACCACGCAUUUCACACACAGCAGCACGACACCAUCCGUGAGCAGCUGCAGCAGACGGCCCACACGAGCGACCUCAAGGCCAUGGCGGCCGAGCAGUCGCUCAUCAACGACGCACUCUGUGCUGAGAACUCUUUGGGCCGGUGGCUAUGGCGGUCGGGGCGGACGGAGAGCGGCCUGCUGACACUGUCACCAGGAGCACCACAUCAUGGUUCGGGGGAGAGUGGCGGGCCGCCUGUCGCCCUAACCUGCCAUGAAGUGGAGGUCGUCAACACAUGUAGAGAUGAAGAGAGACACACAGACUCUCGUUGUCGAUGUGAAUUGAUGAUGUGUGUCAUGUCCACAGGUCCGGACAACCUCUUGUGGCAGUCCGGCAGCACCUUUGUGGUGGCCCGCGCCCCCGGGCUGUACGAGGCCACUUGUGGCGUGUUCGGGGGCGAUGCGGCCAAGGUGGGCCUCAUAGUCAACGAUCGCAAGGUGGUCGAGACCAGCGGCAGACGCACUAUCGACGGCGGCGCGUCGGCCAGCGCUGUUGGGGGCUGCACGAUGAUAGAGUAUGUGGUGCUGCCGGCCCAGGCGCGUGUGUCAGUGUGUGUGGCGGAGAGGGGUGGAGACAGGGCGAGGAGAGUGGGGGAGGGACAGACUGUCACCUCUUGCGAGGGGUUCCUGGGGCUGCGGAAGCUAUGAUGAAUGGACUGUUCGAGUGUGGAUAGAUGCAACCAUGUGUGAGUGCUCGGACGGAC